AUGCGUGAAAUCGUUCAUCUUCAAGCCGGGCAGUGCGGUAACCAGAUUGGCGCUAAGGUAUGGUGUACACCCUAACAUUUAAAAUAUAUCCAUUUUUUAUCUAAAAAGCCUAGAACUCUCACUGUUCUUCAUGGUUUUUCAGUUCUGGGAAGUGAUUUCUGAUGAGCAUGGCAUCGACCCAACUGGCACAUACCACGGAGAUUCUGAUCUUCAGUUGGAAAGAAUCAAUGUAUACUACAACGAAGCUACAGGUACUUUAACAGUCAGUCAAAUGGUCCGAAGUGUUCCGUUGCGUGCUAAAGUAACGGGCCCUCGGAAGGGGACAAGGAAUUCGGUCGCGCCCGAAAUGCCCUUCCCCGGCUUCCCUUUUGAAAGCUUGCCACGCAGGCUAAGUCCACGAAAACCAAAUUUGCAAUCAAUUUUCACACUUUUGAUCAAAGCAUUCAACGGAACGUUAUGUUCCGCUUGUAACACCAAGGCUUACUGCUUUUACGUUCAUUUAACCUUGCCUGCGUCGAAGAGUUUAGGGUAGUUUUAUUUCUGUAGUUCUCUAUUUCGAUUAAAGGUCAUUCCUCUGAAAUCGAACCAGCUGCGGUAAGAUUUUUGUCAAACUUCACCGACUGAUUGUGUAUGUUGUAGAAACGUAAAGUUUGAAAUAAAAUGGGGGGAGCCCCAUACUGGUUUAGGAGCAGGAGCGACUUGUCUGUACCCAAUAAUUCCUUAAAAUACAAAUAUGAUUAAUAUAUUCACGAGUACAUGUUUUGAAUAGUUUUCCGACGAUUGUUUCUUUUUCUGCUCUGGGAAUUAGUCUACAUUUAUUCUAGACAAAGAAAGUUACUGUUAAUGUUAAAAAGAAACACGUCACCACCCUGCGGAGCUCUAGCCUCAACGAGAAAAGCGCCAUGCUUUAAUGUGCGCACGCUAAUCACGAGUGAAAUUGUGCGCCCUAAGGAUGCACAAAGCAAUACUUAGCACUGAAUAACCUUAAUGUCUGGUAGCCAUUCACCGAUUGGCGUUCAUUGCACAUUAUUCUAGGUGGAAAAUAUGUUCCCAGAGCCUGCCUUAUCGAUCUGGAGCCAGGCACGAUGGAUUCAGUGCGAUCCGGCCCUUUUGGGCAGAUCUUCCGACCUGACAACUUCGUCUACGGUAAGUGCAAAUGAAUAUUAAAAUAAUGAGCGACACUCAAACAUCUGCAUCAGAAAUUAACACAGAGGAUGCCACGUUUCCCUCAGGUCAGAGCGGCGCUGGAAAUAACUGGGCAAAAGGACAUUAUACUGAAGGCGCCGAGUUGGUAGAUUCCGUACUCGAUGUCGUCCGCAAAGAAACAGAGUGCUGCGAUUGCCUUCAAGGCUUUCAGCUCACGCACUCUCUGGGAGGUGGAACCGGCUCUGGAAUGGGAACUCUGCUCAUUUCGAAGAUCAGGGAAGAAUAUCCCGACAGAAUCAUGAACACAUUCAGCGUUGUACCAUCACCUAAAGUAUCGGAUACCGUUGUUGAGCCUUACAACGCGACACUGUCGGUCCAUCAGUUGGUCGAAAACACUGACGAAACAUACUGCAUCGACAAUGAAGCUCUGUAUGAUAUCUGUUUCCGAACUCUAAAGUUCUCAACACCAACUUAUGGCGACUUGAACCAUCUUGUCUCAGCCACGAUGAGUGGUGUUACGACUUGUCUUCGCUUCCCCGGUCAGGUAUUGUUGGAUUUUUUGAAUGAGUAAAAAGAACGAAAUUUUGCGAUAGAAAAAGAUCUUGCCCAGAAUACGGACGUGAGCAUAUAAAGAGCGAAAGAAACGAUCGUGAAAUAAACAAAAAAUCUUAAGAUCGUGGGUUUGUAGCAAGAAAUAUCACAAACUGAAUGUAGUACAAAAAAAGGUUUCUUUUCUUUCGGUGGGUGGGGGAGGGGAACCCUGUUAGUGCGAGAAAGAAAACUUACACGGAAAACGUGAUGAUAAUUAAAUCUCCAAAAUAAUCGAGUAAUGGAUCGAUCGCUGAUUAAAACAAUCUUUACAGAAAAAAUAGGAGAAAAAGAAAGCGAGAAUUUAAUUUCAUCUGCGUUGAUUUGAACAUACAUUCAAACAAAUUUGUUUUCAGAACUGUUGAUCUGAUAUCCAUUUUUAGAGGGAUAGCCGUAUAAAAUGCGAUAAUCGCCUUCCGGACUUUAGAUAUUGGACUGAUACUGAAUUUAAAAGUUACGUGUCAAAAUUUUUUGACAUUUCGCCCGUGUUUUUCUUUUUAACUUAUCUUCGGCCUAUUCACUUAAUUACAUUCAUGUUUACGUUUGCAGGCGUAUUGCGCAUGUGCAGGAGGGUUGACACGCCAAACGACAAGAGAGGAUUGCUUUUUAGUUUCAGAGUCACAAUAUCGAAAUCCAAGAAAAAAAACUGUCAAUUGAAAACAAAAGAUAAGGAGAAAAAAAGGAACAAAAGUGCAAUACCGACAACCGUACAAAAAUAACUUUUUGACAAUCGAAAGUUUUUCCUCAUAACGAAUGCUCUACAUGGUAACGGAAAGGCUGACCUCCUUAGUGUCGCAACUCUGUCCCAUUGCCUCUAUUGUUGGUUUGCACGUGACGUCACGGCGGCCACGAUGGUGGUCAAGAGCAAAAUCAUUUCUCUCCUCUGGGAACUAAGCUUUGUUUUCAUGUAAAUUCUUCCACAAAAAAUUCUAUUGUAUUGACCCCCAAAAUGGCCGUCCUGUCACGUGGUUGCAAACCACAAAUUGUGAAAACAGUAUUCAAACACUGAACCAUCACACAUAAUGUGAAUCCUCGAUAUAAUGAACCCCUAUCUAAAAGGACACCGAAAUAACCAUUGAUUUUCUUCGACACCAAUUAUGUUAUGGUAAAAUGUAUAGCACAGGACCCUAAUAGUAAACUGUAUGACACAGGCCCCUUACUUAGCGUACAGGUGAGCGCUUGGUAUAUCGUUUUCUCGAGUAUAAGAUCUUGACAAUAAGCGCAUUCAUUGACGUUCGUGCAGGUUUCAGUUCACGUUCUCCUUGAGCAGACAGCCGAGCGUAACUUUCCGAACCACUUUACUGACCUAGCCUACUGGGAGUCAUUGAUUUUGUUGAACCAUACAUUUUUUUUUCUAAAUUUUUAGCCUUUUUUCAGGCGUUCAAACUGUAGGAAAGGCGCAAAAAGAUUUAACAAGGAAAAAAAGCAAGGGGGUGAGCGCCUGGAAUAGGCUAUGAAAUUUUUGUAGAAAUACAAAGUAUAACAUUGUGGUCGUCAUAGGUGUUAGUCGCUGGUUUCUAUUAAGACACGCCGUUUCCCCAUCCUUUUUAUAGCUGAAUGCUGAUCUCAGGAAACUGGCCGUAAACAUGGUUCCUUUCCCUCGUCUUCACUUCUUCAUGCCUGGAUUUGCACCCCUCACCAGCAGAGGAUCCCAGCAAUACCAAUCACUAUCAGUACCUGAACUAACCCAGCAGAUGUUUGAUGUCAAGAACAUGAUGGCUGCAUGUGAUCCAAGGCACGGUCGUUAUCUGACGGUGGCAGCCAUGUUUCGUGGCCGUAUGUCCAUGAAGGAAGUGGAUGAACAGAUGCUGAAUGUUCAAAACAAGAACAGCUCCUACUUCGUGGAAUGGAUCCCCAACAACGUCAAGACCGCGGUCUGCGACAUCCCUCCUCGUGGACUGAAGAUGUCUGGUACUUUCGUUGGUAAUAGCACCGCUAUACAGGAACUGUUCAAAAGAAUCGGAGAGCAGUUUACUGCUAUGUUUAGGCGCAAAGCGUUCUUGCAUUGGUACACUGGCGAAGGCAUGGAUGAAAUGGAAUUCACUGAGGUAAAAAAAGGUUUAACUGUAUGGACAAGAGGUCAGGAACGAAUAUCUUCAUAUAGUAUAAUACUCUUCAAGGCAGUGCAAACAUCUCAGUUUCCGUUUUCAGGGUCUCUUUAUGAUCAUUUCGGCCUACGAUAACUUAAGCCUGGCUCUCAAUAAAUAAUGCCCCUGAAGUACCUGCGACAUAGCAACCGGUGCUGCCUGCGGUACUACUCCGACAUAUGAAGACAUAAAGGCCACCGGCAACAAGAAACAUCGCAGUUCUUUACCACCGGCAUGCCUGCGAAGUUGACUUGAAGUUUGGAAGGCCUACUUUGUAGGUCUUAAAGAAAAAUAGCUUCAAAGAAGACAUUCCUUGUUAUAAAAGUGAUUAGUUUCACUGAUUUUUUUUUUCACAGGCCGAAUCUAACAUGAACGAUCUUGUGUCAGAGUACCAGCAAUACCAAGACGCUACAGCUGAAUUUGAUGGCGACUUUGACGAGGAAGAAGAAGAAGAGGGUGAAGCGGCAUAAAACUCACCAGAAUAAAACAGACAGUAGCUGCUAGCAGGAAUAACCUAUAACGCCGUUUUAUAGUUCAUAAAUGGGCUAACAAAUUAAAAACAAGGGAAAGACAAAAAGCUAACACAGCCGGACAGCACAGAACUGUUAAAGAAGCGUAUCAUACAAAUCAUAGCCUGGUGUUUUCAUGCAAACUAUAGGGUAGAGUGUCGUUAAUGCACAAAACGACCCCUGAAAAACAAGAGUCACUAAUACACAACAGAGUAGUACCUAUAUCUACCAGUGUGUCUAAGAUCAGGGAGUUCUAGCAGGCCCAUGGCCACAAGGACUGCAGAACGUUUCUCAAAUUUUGUUGGUGUUUAUAAAUAUCAAUCUUGUCAAUAAAUGUAGCGUAUUAGUAUAUAUAUCACAGCUUGUAAGGUAUCCUACAAUUCAGCCUUCCGGCUACAAAAGGGACAAUAAACCAGUGAUUUGAUUUGAUUUGAUUUAAGCGAAAGUCAUAAACUCAUUUACCAACGUGCAAGCCAACCAUAACAAUACUUUUGGGCAGUAACGCCAGCCAUGACUUGUCCAAGCUUCAGUCUACUUCCUCCCCAAUACAAGUAAAAGACAAUAAAUAUUAAAACCUGCUUUUAAGUACUAGAAGUGUAGUAACGUCUAACAAAACCGGGCCAACAGCUCCGCUGCAUUCUUAAGCACAGCCGAGGAAGGGUGUUUUUUGCACAUUAAACUACUAAAUACUAGAGACACGUCAACAAAAACUCGAGCCGCCAAGUCAUGGCAUCUGACGUUAAAAAAAGCCUGCAGUGCAAACAGCAGUAUAGUUUUCAAAGUAAUCUAUUUCGUAGUGAGCUUCACUGUAAUGACGGAAAAAACCGAGUAAAAACAAAUCCUGCUUACUUUUUUUUACGAUAUUAAACAAGCUUGAUGUUCUGGGC